UGAUGCCAGAACCCGAGGCCACAGCGCUGGCCGGUCCAGUCUUGCUCCAGUGCCUGCUUGGUGAACGACCUCCCAGGAGUCCGGCUUGAGCCGCGGCGGCGCGGCAGGUGUUCUGCCUCCCCCUGGGGCAGCGGCCACCAUGUUCUCCUGCGUGAAGCCUUAUGAGGAUCAGAACUACUCGUCUCUGAAGCGGGCCUGUCUGCGGAAGAAGGUGCUCUUCGAGGACUCCCACUUCCCCGCUACCGAUGACUCGCUCUACUACAAGGGCAGUCCAGGGCCCACUGUCCGGUGGAAGCGGCCCAAGGACAUCUGCGAGAACCCCCGCCUCUUUGUGGAUGGCAUCAGCUCCCACGAUCUGCACCAGGGACAGGUGGGCAACUGCUGGUUUGUGGCAGCCUGCUCUUCACUCGCCUCCCGUGAAUCGCUGUGGCAGAAGGUCAUCCCAGACUGGAAGGAGCAGGAGUGGGACCCUGAGAAGCCCGACGCCUACGCUGGCAUCUUCCACUUCCACUUCUGGCGCUUUGGGGAGUGGGUGGACGUGGUCAUUGAUGACCGGCUGCCCACAGUCAACAACCAGCUCAUCUACUGCCACUCCAACUCCCGCAAUGAGUUCUGGUGCGCUCUGGUGGAGAAGGCCUAUGCCAAGCUGGCGGGCUGUUACCAGGCCCUGGACGGAGGCAACACAGCAGAUGCACUGGUGGACUUCACGGGCGGCGUUUCUGAGCCCAUCGACCUGACGGAGGGGGACUUCGCCAAUGACGAGGCCAAGAGGAACCAGCUCUUUGAGCGUGUGUUGAAGGUGCACAGCCGGGGAGGCCUCAUCAGUGCCUCCAUCAAGGCUGUUACAGCAGCCGACAUGGAGGCACGCCUGGCGUGCGGCCUGGUGAAGGGUCAUGCUUAUGCUGUCACCGACGUCCGCAAGGUGCGCCUGGGCCAUGGCCUGCUGGCCUUUUUCAAGUCAGAGAAGCUGGACAUGAUCCGCCUACGCAACCCCUGGGGCGAGCGGGAGUGGAAUGGUCCCUGGAGUGACACCUCAGAAGAAUGGCAGAAAGUGAGCAAGAGUGAGCGGGAAAAGAUGGGUGUGACCGUGCAGGACGAUGGCGAGUUCUGGAUGACCUUCGAGGACCUGUGCCGCUACUUCACCGACAUCAUCAAGUGCCGCCUGCUCAACACAUCCUACCUGAGCAUCCACAAGACGUGGGAGGAGGCCCGCCUGCGCGGCGCCUGGACUCGGCACGAGGACCCUCGGCAGAACCGCAGCGGGGGCUGCAUCAACCACAAGGACACCUUCUUCCAGAACCCGCAGUACAUCUUUGAGGUCAGGAAGCCGGAAGAUGAGGUGCUGGUGUGUCUCCAGCAGCAGCCGAAGCGGUCUACCCGCCAGGAGGGCAAGGGCGAGAACCUGGCCAUUGGCUUUGACAUCUACAAGGUGGAGGAGAACCGCCAUUACCGCAUGCACAGCCUGCAGCACAAGGCCGCCAGCUCCAUCUACAUCAACUCGCGCAGCGUCUUCUUGCGCACGGACCAGCCCGAGGGCCGCUACGUCAUCAUCCCCACCACCUUUGAGCCAGGCCACACUGGCGAGUUCCUGCUCAGAGUCUUCACGGACGUGCCCUCCAACUGCCGAGAACUGCGCCAUGAUGAGCCCCCCCGCACCUGCUGGAGCUCCCUGUGUGGCUACCCCCAGCAGGUGACCCAGGUACAUGUCCUGGGGGCUGCUGGCCUCAAGGACUCCCAGACAGGGGCUAACUCUUACGUGAUCAUCAAGUGUGAAGGGGACAAAGUCCGCUCAACUGUGCAGAAAGGGACCUCCACACCUGAGUACAAUGUGAAAGGAGUCUUCUACCGCAAGAAGCCAAGCCAGCCCAUCACUGUGCAGAUCUGGAACCACCGAGUCCUGAAGGAUGAAUUCUUGGGCCAGGUGCACCUGAAGGCUGACCCGGAUGACCUCCAGGCCCUGCACACCCUCCACCUCCGAGACCGCAGCAGCCGGCAGCCGAGCGACUUGCCAGGCACCGUGGCUGUGUACGUCCUCAGCAGUGCCUCCCUCACAGCUGUCUGAUGCCUGCCCAUCUACCGGCCCCAACAGUCUCACCACCACCUGCAUGUCCCCACCAGACUUGGGACCAGCCUGGGAGCCAGAUGCUGGGGUCCUUUUCCACUCUUUUACUGACUUGGUGUGUGACUUUGGUAGAUCUCUACCCUUCUCUGGACCUCAGUGUCCUGAGGGCCCCAAAGCAUUCCCUCCUUGUUGGGGAGUCCCCUCCCCACCCCAGCUGUCACCACUGCUAAAGGACUCUAUCCGUUGAAAACAUUUUCCCCAGGCUCUGCUGUCUGCCGAGGAGUGCCAAGAAGAUGUCACUUGUUUACACACAAAUUGCCAUGUCCCCAAGCCCCAUGUGUCCUGCCCCUUGUUUCCCAGGCCCACCUCAGUCUCCCAGAAUUCACUUUUUCUGUCACCUACACUUGAUUUCCAAGCUACUUUGAAAGAGCGCUUGCUAGGCACUUGCUGGGGUUCUGCUCAGGCUGGAAUUUGGGACAUGUGCAGGUGAUUCCUGUUCGUUCUCUGAUCCUGUUCACUCAGCCAUCCAUCCCCCGCCCCAAAUGAAGAAGCAACGCUCACAAGUCAACAGGUGAAGGGAACCACCCAGCCCCCACCUUGGGCCUCUGUCUUCAGGUCCCCCAGAGGCAGA